GGCUCGCGCGUGCGCAGUAGGGCGGGAAGCCGCCGCUGGGCCGUGGCGCGGGCGCUUCCAGUGGGCCAGGCAUGGCGUGCGCCAGCUGGUCGUCGGGCGUGUUGGGACUGCUACUGGUAUCUGCGAUGUUUGGGGUCCUCGGAGAGCGCCCGCGCCGCGGUCUUGGCAUACACCCAGAGCGCCGCUCCCAGGUCCGCCCUGGGGCCGCGGAACCCAAGGACCACCGUGAGCGGGCCCGGGCCGGAGCGCUGCCCCUAGGGACGCUGUACACCGCGGCCGUCGUGGCUUUCGUGCUGUACAAGUGUUUGCAGGGUAAAGAUGAGGCUGCAGUUCUCCAAGAGGAGAAAAGCAAGAAGAAAUCAUUGCAGUCAGAGCAACAGCUGGCCCAGUUGACACAACAGCUGGCCCAGACAGAACAGCACCUGAACAAUCUGAUGACCCAACUGGACCCUCUUUUUGAACGGGUGAGUACUCUGGUUGGGACCCAGCGGGAGCUUCUAAACACAAAACUACAGACCAUACAUCAGCUUCUACAAGACUGCAAACCAGACAGGGGUGUGGAAGUUCGAGAGUCAGAGGCCACCAUACUCUUUCCUGAGGACUGGAGAAAAGAGGACCAACAGGAAGCUGGUAACAGUCAGGCCUGGGAGGAGCCCAUAAACUGGAGCCCAGAGACAUGGAACUUAGCUCCUUCCUGGGAAGCAGAGCAGGGGCUGAGGAGAAGAUUGGGCAAGGCUGUAACAAAGGGUCCCUGUAAUGAAGGAGAGGCUACUACUGGAGGUUUAGUAAAACAAAGUCUUUUCUUGUAGUAUUGGAUGCUUCAGUGUGCUUCCCCCACCCCGAGCUGGUCAUACACACACCCAUACUAGGUGCCUAAGUACAAACUGGGCCUCCUAGAAAAGGUUCCCUUAUUAGGAAAAAAGAGGCUGCCUUCCAGAGUGAGAGUGGGGAAGACAGAGGGAGCUCCUACAAGCAUGCCAGCCUGCAGGGCUCAAAAUCCUUUUUCUCAUAGUCAAGACAGAAAGGUCUUUCUGAAAACAUAACAAAAGCACUUUAUUAAAAUCCAGUGAGAAAAUAAAUUAUAGAAAUUAUACAAUAUGAGAGGUAGUUUGGGAGAUCAAGGCCAGCCUGGGCCACAUGAGACUGUCUCAAAGAAAAGAAUAGAUGGAAAGAAAGAGAAAGAAACUAUAUGUAAAGAUUGGGUAUGGUGGCAUACACCUGAAAUCACAACAAUUGAGAGGCUGAGGCAGGUGGAACUCAAAUUAACAGGCCUGGCCAAUAUAGCAAGACCCUGUCUCAAAAAUUAAACAGAAAAACUAUA